AUGUCGUCAUGCUGUGGAGGCAAAUGUGGUUGUGGGGCUGGCUGCAAGUGCGGCAGCGGCUGUGGAGGGUGCGGGAUGUACCCAGAUAUUUCCAUGGAACAGAGCACCACAACUGAGACCCUUAUAAUGGGGGUUGCACCUCAAACCUCUCAUUUUGAGGCUUCUGAGAUGGGUGUUGUUGCUGAGAAUGGAUGCAAGUGUGGAGACAACUGCACCUGCAACCCCUGCAAGUGUGGAAAGUGA